AUGCAGAACUUCCCAGAGUGCUGCUUACCUGGGUGCGAUUCCGUGGACAAAAACGAGGAAAGCUUUGUUGCGGCCAGCGGAGCAGCGAAGGGCAAAGAAUCCAAGCCUGCCCUCCUCGAUCGAAGGCCACAUGCGGGAACUCCAGAGAAAACGCGCCUGCUGGAAUUCGUGAAGGACUUUGCGAAGUGUGCCAUCCGGGGGUCUCCCUGCACACUCCUCAGCCCUGAAGCAGAAGCAGAAGCAGGCGACAAAAUUCCUGCUGCCUAUUUCAUCGAUCCGCAGAUGCGAAGGCUCUUCCUGAAACGCACGCAGACUCCAGAGACACUCCUGGCGAAUAUUCGCCUUGAGAAUGUCAAGGAGGUCUCCGAAGGAGCAUCAAGUGACUCUGCGCUUCCCAAGGGUCUGGCGCCAGAAGACAUGCAGAGGCUGGUCGUCCUCGAUUUUGUGAAUGACGAACCUAGCCUCUUCCUUUUGGAGGGCCACGCCACAGACCGUGACCGCUUUGUCCUGUGCAUGAAGAUCCUGAGGCUCUAUGCUCAGACGUUCGGGAGGCGUUUAUCCCCGCGACCGUUUGAGUAG